UAUUAAGAAAAAAAAAAGGACUGGGUUCAUGUCCUAGGCUCCCAGCAGCAGAACCGUGCGGGUGCGCUUCCACUGGGCCGAACAGCCCGUCGACUGGGCAAUCGCCGCCGCCGUUCUCUCCGCGUUGUGUCCCUCUCGGCGACAACCGCCGCCGCCGCCGCCAGGUGCCCAGUUCUUCGUCGCGCCCUUCGGCGGCAACGAGCACCCACCAGCGCACACAAGAUCGGUCUAUCUCAGUUGACACCGUAUAUAGAACUUUAAAUUAAGACAGCAGAGUGGUGCAGUUCGAUUUCCCAAUAAAAUGUCCGGUUCCAAGAGAAGCCUCCCGUCUUGGAUGGGUUCUUCUAAAGAUGGAGAGGACGAUUCAUGCAAGAAGAAACAUGCAGGCACCUCCCAGAAGGCUCAGAAAGGGCCUGAUUUCUCCAAACUUUUGGAUGGGGUGGUGUUUGUGCUGUCAGGGUUCGUGAACCCGGAGAGGAGCACGCUUCGUUCACAAGCAUUGGACAUGGGGGCUGAGUAUCGAGCCGAUUGGACAUCGGACUGCACCCUUCUUGUUUGUGCAUUUGUCAACACCCCCAAGUUUCGACAAGUUCAGGCGGAUAAUGGAACCAUUAUCUCAAAGGACUGGAUCUUUGAGUCCUACAAGCAAAAAAAGCUUGUGGACAUUGAACCUUUCCUUAUGCAUGCUGGAAAGCCAUGGCGGAAAAAUAAGGAGCCUGUCGAAACUGAUCAAGAUGAGAAGGAGACACGCAAAGUGCAUCAAAAGCAAGUUCAACGGUCUCGUGUCAAGCCAUCCACCUCUGAUGCCACGGAGGCAGGAAAUUUAGAAUCUGCAAACAAGUGCUUUUCUCCCUCCAAAAUAAAGCAAUGGGCCGUCGAUGAUCUGGCACAGACUAUGUCAUGGCUGGACAGCCAAGAAGAGAAGCCAGAGCCAAGUGAACUGAAGACAAUAGCUUCUGAAGGGAUAAUCACUUGUCUGCAAGACGCCAUAGAAUCCCUCGAGCAAGGCAAUGAUAUCAAGGGAGUUGCAGAGCAGUGGAGCUUCGUACCCCAUGUUGUCAACGAACUGCUGAAACUAGAUGGAGGCGGAAAAGGCGCAGCUCUGCCCAAAGAACAACUGUGUCAACUAGCAGCCAAGUGCAAGAAGAUCUAUCAGGCUGAGUUUGCUCGCGUGGACAUGGAUGGCAAGAACAAGGAUAAGCAUCAAAAUGAUUCACAUGUGGCGGAGCAUCGCAGGAAGACCAAAUCAGAUGAUGACCACUACGAUAGCGAUGAGACGAUAGAAAUGACAGAGGAAGAAAUCGAUUUCGCGUGCAGACAGCUCCCUGGGCUAUGCGGAUGAUAGUAACUUGAGAUUUCAGGUGUGUGUGUGUGGCCACGUCUAGAGGAACUAGUUGACAUGGCGUAUGUGUGGCCCCUCUAGAGCAGAAGAGGAAGGGUACUGGAUGUAGCCGCCAUCUCUAGUAGAUCAUUAUUUUACUGCUGCCAGCCAAAUUAACCGUACGAGUAUUCGGUUGUCGGUUGUUUGAUGACGACGGGUAUCUUUCACUAUACGAAUCCCGCGCUAAAAAACAGGUCAGCGGAUAGGGCCAAUCACCUGUAACCUGUGAUUCUGUGAACUAAUGACAGCGUGGUGUGUUGGGGACGCCCUAAUGAUCGAGCCUGCUCGUGACGUGGUCCGUCCAAUUGUUGGUUCA